AUGGCAGACAUUAAUUCUGAUAAUACGAUCGUUGGCAGUACCUCAGUUGAUGACUUUUCUCAAUAUGAACAUCUGAAGCCAGCCUAUCCCCUUCCUAUCUCUCUAUAUGAUCUAGUUAAAAGACGUCAUCCAAAGGCAAAACCUAUGAAUCCUUUUUUCAUUUACCGUAGAGCCAUGGUAAAGCAGAAUGAAAAGCAAAAAAGAAAAGAAAGAUGUGAUAUGCCAAAACUAUCAAAGAUCGCUUCUAAAUUUUGGAGAGAAGAACCAUCGCAAGUCAGAGAUCAUUACAGACAACUAGCCGAACUAUCUCAGAUACUAGUAAAUGACUAUUCUCAAAGCAAUUUGGACUUUUCUCAGCCCCAAGUAUCUACUACCUCGCUGGAUUUCCACCAGGGUGCGUCUUUCAAUGGACAUCCACAAACCAUUCCUGCGCAUUAUUCGACUGAAGAUUUGGUAUAUGGAAUUUCGUCAGAAGAAAAUACGACAGUACAAUAUCCUUCCAAUCUUGAACUUCUUAAUUUGGAUCCAGUAAAAGAAGCUUCAAUUUCAUAUUGUGAUGCAAUAGCAGAUAAGGUGUUUAAUAACGCGUUCAGCAUCUUCUCUCCAAUAGUUAUUGGAGUGAAAGUCUUAAUAGAAAAUGUAUGCCCUCUAAGCAAACACCGAUUUUUUCUUUCUUCGGUAAUCGCGUGGGCGAUUAAUAAAAAUCUUAUGGAUGAACCGAAGGACUUUACUAAAUAUUAUAUAAAUAUUACGCCAUCGAUUGUUAUUAAUGAUAAAGAUCUGAUUGAACUAAUUUCCGAAUCUAACGAACAAUCGACAAUAAAUGUCAACAAUUAA